AUGACUUGAAUAACGCAUUUCAUUAUUAAAUCUUUUAUUAAUCAGCGGUUCGAAGAGUAUUGAAAGAGACAUAGCGAAUGAAGUGCUCUCGUGGUCGUGGUAGUUAAAAAGAGAGUCAAUAAUUCGUGGUCAAACAAAACAAUUGCUUUCACUAUCAGCACUCUCUCUCUAUCUGUCUGUCGUCUGCGUUCGCAUUUCGCGUUGGGCCUGCGUUGCGUUUUAAAAUAAAACUGCUGUGCCUCCGACAGUGUCCAUUGAGUGGGUUGCUCCAUCAGUGCAAUUCACGAAUUAUAUAAUUUAUCCAAAAGUGCACUCAUUGAUUUUCCACCACAGAGAAUCCAAAAGGAAUAAACAGCAUUCACACUCCAGCAAUCAGCAGCGUCUCCAGGCAUGGCGCGGUUAAUUGAGAGCAAUUUUGUGCCGAUUGCGGUGGGCGUCAUUGCUGUGGUCUCCGGUGCCCUCAUUGUUCACUAUUUCAUCAACAAGAAGUCAACGAAACCCCGCCGCGAACCCAACAGAACCGCACGUCUGCGGACUCUGGUCGAUCCCAAUGACAAGUACCAGCUGCCGCUGAUCGAGAAGGAGGUGCUCAGCCAUGAUACGCGUCGCUUCCGCUUUGGACUGCCCUCCAAGCAGCACAUCCUUGGCUUGCCUGUGGGUCAGCACAUUCAUCUGAUUGCCACGAUCGACAAUGAGUUGGUUAUUCGUCCCUAUACGCCCAUCUCGUCGGAUGAGGAUGUGGGCUAUGUGGAUCUUGUGGUGAAGGUGUACUUCAAGGAUGUGCAUCCCAAGUUCCCAGCUGGUGGCAAGAUGACACAGUAUCUGGAGCAAAUGGAACUGGGCGAUAAGAUCUCAUUCCGCGGUCCAUCGGGUCGAUUGCAGUAUCUGGGCAAUGGCACGUUCUCCAUCAAGAAGCUGCGCAAGGAUCCUCCCAAGCAUGUGACGGCCAAGUUUGUGAACAUGAUUGCCGGUGGCACGGGCAUCACGCCCAUGUUGCAGCUGGUGCGUGAAGUGCUGAAGCGCAACGAGAAGGACAAGACGCAACUGGCGCUGCUGUUUGCCAACCAGAGUGAAAAGGACAUUCUGCUGCGCGAAGAAUUGGAUGAUUUGGCGAAGAAACAUCCUGACCAGUUCAAGGUCUGGUACACCGUGGAUAAAUCAGCCGAAGGCUGGAACUAUAGCGUGGGCUUCAUCAAUGACGAAAUGAUUGGCGCUCAUCUGUUGCCGGCCAACGAUGACACGAUCGUUCUGCUUUGCGGCCCACCGCCCAUGAUUAACUUUGCCUGCAAUCCAGCGCUUGACAAGCUUGGCUAUCAUCCGGACACACGAUUUGCGUACUAGAUGGAACACAGGACGGACGGACGGACGGACCAGUGGAAUCCAUGUGGCAUCAAUAUACACAUGCAUUGCAGACAAUUAUUUGCAUUUCUGUUUUGUCGAUUUCUUUUACGCUCAAGAGUUGCAUUUGUAACUGUAUCCGAACCAAGACGAAUUAACAAUGAAUACUCCCAAAUCGAGUAUCCACUUCUGUGGAUCUGUGUGUGUGUGUGUGUUUGCGCGUCCAGCUCCAACUGAGGAUACAAAUGCAUCCUCUCAACUAUUUUACUUUGUUUUCCUUAUUUUUUUUAAAUAAACUGUUACUAUAAAAA